GAGGAGGAUGCAGAUACACUGUGGCUUUUAGCCUCUUACUAGCACUGACGCUCCAGUCAGGCCACCACCAUCGUGGGAGAGAAAGAGAAAGACAGACCACGCUAUCAGGCUCGCCGGCUAACCUCAGACCCUCAGCUCCCUGCGUGACAGAAGGACCACAAACCCAGCCCUCCCCGCCGGGCCACAUCCACCACCCGGGCUCCGUUAGGUGGGCCCCCUCUCAUCUCCAGCCCUGUUGGAGAUCGACUGCAGCGAGGGCUCCACGCCGUUCUGCCUUCCCUGUCAUGGCAUCCAACAGCAUCUUUGACUCCUUCUCCAACUACAGCAGCAGUCUACUCAGAGAGCCGCCCACCACCAGACGGUUCACGCCGCCCUCCACGUCCUUCCCCUGCAGUAAGAUUGGAGACAGCAACGGGGCCAUGGCCACCCCGGGGCCCCUAAGGUCAAGACCGGACACCAGGAACGUGGUGGACGUUCUGGCGGACCACGCCGGCGAGCUGGUUCGGACAGACAGCCCCAACUUCCUCUGCUCCGUCCUCCCGUCUCACUGGAGGUGCAACAAGACGCUCCCCGUGGCUUUCAAGGUCGUGGCUCUCGGUGAUGUUCCCGACGGGACUCUGGUCACCGUGAUGGCCGGAAACGACGAGAACUACUCGGCCGAGUUGAGGAACGCUUCCGCCGUGAUGAAGAACCAGGUGGCCCGCUUCAACGACCUGCGCUUCGUGGGCAGGAGCGGACGAGGAAAGAGCUUCACUCUGACCAUCACUGUGUUCACUGGACCGCCGCAAGUGGCCACCUACCACCGCGCCAUCAAAGUCACUGUGGAUGGACCCCGGGAGCCGCGCAGGCACAGAGUGAAGAUAGAAGACACCCAGAAGAUGCAGUUCUCUGACAGGCUGUCAGAGAUUGAGCGCUACCAGCGGAGUAUGCGAAUAGGCCCAGGGAACAAUCCGCCCCGCCCCAUCCACCAAACUCACCUCAGCACCACACAAGCCCUGUGGCAGGAUCAAAUGGACACCCCCGCUCUGAAGACAUGCAAGGUGGAGGAGGACCUGAGACCAUGGCCAGGGACUACAGAUCUCUUCCAGCAGAGAACCACCUUCCCGUCUCUGUCACCGCUGACUGACCCUCGCUUCUCGGAUCCCCGCAUGCACUACCCCGGGGCCUUCCCCUACUCUGCCAACACCUCCAGCACCGGCAUCAGCGGCCUCAGCAUGUCAGCCUCUUCUAGAUACCACACCUACCUGCCGCCCCCCUACUCAAACAACCAAACCCAGAACUUCCAGUCAAACUCCUACCUGUAUUACGGCACAGGCUCUGGAUCCUACCAGUUCUCCAUGGUGGCGCCAGGGAACACCGGGGGCGAGCGCUCUCCCACCCGCCUGCUGUCCUGCUCGGGGGCCACGGGCACCGGAGGGACCAACAGCCUGAUGAACCCGGGCCUGAACACCCAGAGCGAGGGCGUGGAGGCCGACGGCAGCCACAGCAACUCCCCCACUGCCAUGACGGCCUCGGGCCGUUUGGAUGAGUCCGUCUGGAGGCCUUACUGACUGACAGACAGCUAGACAAUCAGAGGGAGGAAAAGUCAAGAGGAUGAUGAACAAAAAAAAAAGAUGAACACUGAAAGAAAAAAACAAACAAAAAAAGAGAAAUGCUGCAUGUUUGUCUUUUAUUUCUCCAGCACUCGCUUUAAAGACUUUCUGCGUUGUACCAACUCUCUCAAGACUUCCAUGUAUUUUGUAAAUUUUGAGUAAACUCCUGCACUGUGCUAAAACAUGUACUCUUAAAAGGACUAUAAAAGCCAUAAAAGUCGAGAUUAUGUUCAGCUGUAAAUAGACGUGAGGGUAAAACCAGAGAAGCCGUAGUAACCCUUCAGGAUGACUGGUCUGGCGUAAACAGGUACUCGUUAAAGACAAAAGACAAUGACGGUAUGAUCGAUCAGGACAGCUGAUGAACUGAAAAACCACAGUGGACUCUCAUCAAACACACUGUUCAGACUGAUCCAACUCACUCGGCCAGUGGAGGAGAGCAGUCGGACCGGAUGUCUGCUCCCUGAGUGAUGACUCCGACAUCCUUCCAAGGCAUAUGGCUGCACUGCUGUAGCAAUCAGUCCUUCUAAGCUUUAAGUUCUGUACAAACCUGAAUAUUGCAAAAAAAAAAAAACAAGAAAAAAAAAGUCGUGUCAGUUGUGAAGACAUCGUCAGUUGCAUCCAGGUCUGAUACAUGUGCUCACAGUACUCAUGCAGUACCUUGUUGCCUAAUUUAUUAUCCAAAAGGACUCAUUAGCCUUUGGUGCUACGGUAUGCCGUGGAUUUCAACACAGUCGCUGAGAGGGAAGCGUAUUAUCUGUCAGGACUCACAUGUUUCAGAAAUGAAUUCUCCUCUGCUGUGUCAUCAGUGUAUCCAGUUUCAACAGGACAAUGGCUGAUAUUUUGAAGAAUGUAAAAGACAGAGGGGUGUUUAUUGGUUUCUUUUCCUGCAGGAAUAUUUAAGUCCUGUUGUGUCUACUCGUUACUGUUCCCUUAGAUUUUUGAUUCAAGCCCUUUUCUGAAAAAAAAGUAAAAAAAAAAGUCCUGGUCUGAUAUUUUUGAACUGGAUGACACGGUUUACUUUUGAUAUUUAUUUGAGCCAAAUUGUGAGGAAAUGUGCGCAUACCCCCAAAAUCCUUAAGCAUUUCUCUCUAUCUUUCCUUUUUUAUAUAUAUAUACAGUAUAUAUACCAUAUUUUGUUGUUAAGUAUAAAUUUGGAAUUUGUGUAAUAUAUUGCUACUAAAUUAUAAAAAACAAAACCUUUAAUGUAAUUAUUUUGUGUUCAAAUGUAGCUUUGAUGCACUAAAAACUUUUAUUCCUUAUGAACCACGCCCAACAGAUUCUGUUAGUGAGAUGGUGUAUCUAGAGCCGUAACCUUUUAAACUAUUGCCUUCCUGCGCUAAAUAAGCCAUUCGCUUAAUUUUUGCACUAUGUUUGAACUCUCAUUUCUCUUUUUUUUGGUUAUGUAAUUAGAAAUAGCUGAAACUCUGCCGAAGUAAAUAUUAAAUAUUCCUUUACGUAUAUUUGCUGAACACACUUAAAGUGUCCUUUUAACAAAUCGUCAUCAGACACACACACACAUUCCUGCACCACAGGUGUGUGUGCACAUUCCCCCUGUCCGGAGGGCCUUUCCCCCGCAGUUACACAUGUGAUCCCUCUAUCCCUGGAGGAGGAAGAGUGUGAGGAUGAAGGGGUAGGAGGAGGAGGAUGUGGGGUCAGAGUGGUAUCUUCUUACCGACACCAAGGGCAGUUAUGCAAAAAAAAAAAAAAAAGCCUACCCUUGUUGUGCUCAGGUCCCUUUGUUCUGUAUAAUCAGUGAGUGCUUUGAAGCCUUUAUGGCCCUGAUUCUGUCUUUUCUGGUCUAAUUCACCAAUCGUGAGUGCCAGGGGCUCACGGCUCUGCCAAUAAUUCAUACGCCUGCACAGAUCAUCCGGGUGGGAGCUGUGUGAAGGUAUUUACAGCAGGUAUCAGGUGUCUUAUAUCUACCAGAAGAGUCUUCCACAAGAAGGAAGCAUCCGUGACUCUUAAAAUUGGGUCUUUAGUUGCUGUAAAAGUGAGAUUUGAUUUCAAAUAGUGAUCCAAAAAGGCUCGCAUUUGCAGCUCAGGUAAAAAUAAGUAAUGCAAGGUGAUCUGAAGAUCUCACAUAAAGACCCUCUGCCUUAUUCCUCUUUUUUAACAAUCAGCAGCCAUGUCUCAUUCCUGUCUUCCUUUGAUGUAGAGGAAAAGCAUGUUUCCCUGCUGUCUCCUCUGGAGCCUUCAUACUGUAGAGGACCUUACUUUAUUAUGGGCAAAAAAAUCAUGCAGCUAGAGAAACCACACGUGUACUUAUGUUUGUGUGGUUCCUUCAAAAAUCAAAACCAAAGAUCGUCACAACUGCCUGUAAUACUGUCAGGAUGGUAAUGAUGGGAAAGAAAUCAUGUCUUGAUCUCUAAUGUCAUUCUUUAUGCAAAACUAGGAAGCCAAAGUGUACAAGUGAGUUGUAUUUUAUUGUAUAUUGGAUUAAAGAGCACAAUGUUACUUUUUUCUUUUUACAAGAUGCCCCUUUUCCUUUUCAUAUACCAAAAAUGUUAAUUCAUCUUGCUCCUUUCAUUUCUCUUUAUGCUCAAAGCAUGUACAUCUGAAACUGAUAUGUUAAUUUAAGAAUUUCAUCCAUGUAUGUAAUGAUAUCGUUCAUGCUUCCAUAUUGAGUGCUUGUAAAGUUUGCUGAUAAUGUAGUUUUUAAUCAUUUUAAUUAAAAAACAUGUGUCUCA